GGCAACAAUGUUACCACUGAGAUGAUACGAAUAAGAACAUGUCGUCUGCUGUCGAAGGCUAGUGUGCUGCAAUCACGCCACCUUCGACGUUCUCAAGUCAUCGAGUACAAUGCGGCUUCUCUCUUCUCUGUCCCUGCUCGUCACGACGGCUUCCGCCCUCACCGUGAGAGUCCCAUCCGUUGCGGAGGACUUGAAGACGCUUGUAGCAGCAUCGUCAUCAGUAGCUGUUGACCUCCGCGCGAGAUGGAGUACAUACCAUGCUCCCAUCCCGUCCAUCGUGGUGAAUGUAACGACUGAGAAGGAUGUUGGCGCCGUCGUUAAAUACUGUGCGAGCCGCAAGAUACCCUUCACUGCUCAGAACGGCGGUAACGGCUGGGGCAAGACAUUCAACCUCGGUAACAACGGAGUCAUCAUCAACUUGGCUGGUCUGAAUGCCGUCUUUUUCAGCAAGACAAAGACGGAAGCCACUAUUGGAGGCGGGGCCAUCAUUGGCGACACAAUUAAAGCAGCCAAUGCUGCUGGCGUAUUGGUCCAGACGGGCAACUGCAACUGUGUCGGCGCCCUCGGUGCCAUCCUAGGAGGCGGUUAUGGAAACCAAAUGGGAGAAGUCGGCUUCGGCGUUGAUAAUGUGCUCUCCAUGCGCGUCGCAGUCGCCAGCGGAGAGAUCCUCACAGCCUCGCCGACAUCCAACCCAGACCUCUUCUGGGCCCUCCGUGGUGCCGGACCCAACUUUGGCAUCGUCAUCUCGGCGACGGUCAAGGCGCGACCCAUGCCGGCCGAAGGCCGCAACGCCUGGCUCAUGAACCUCUUCUUCUCGCCGGACAAGCUCCCGCAAGUCGCCCAAGCCAUCCAAGACCUGCCUCUGAAACCGGAGCAGGUCGUCUACCUCGUUCUCACCAACUCGGGACCGCCAUCUAAUGCCCCCGCCGUCCUCGUCACCGGGUUCCUGCGCCAAGGUAAUGACGUAAGUGGACUUGCGGCGUUCGCGCCGUUGUAUAAGCUGGGGCCGAUCUCGAAUAGCAGCAGCGUAGCCGGGUACGAAGGCUGGAACGCGGGCAACGACAACUUUUGCGCGCGCGAGGAGCGCAAGCCGGCGCACAGCACGACCAUUAACCACAUGCAGCCCGAGACGUGGCCGGCGAUAUGGGACCUGUACACGAAAUUUCAGACCAAGGGGCCCAACUCGACCGUGCUGAUUGAGCGGUAUAACCUGACCAAGGCGCAGUCUGUACCCAAGGGGUCUGCGGCGCUGCAGGAGGCGUUGAGGAGGGAUGCGUUUGCGCAGGCGAUUGUGAUUCCUUGGUACACUGAUGCUUCACUGGACGGCGAGGCGGAGACGUUUGCGAGCAAGGUUAGGGAUAUCUGGAGCUAUUCGCCGAGUGCGGUGGCUAACCCGACGUGUGUUAACUUUGCGCACGGUGAUGAGACGCCUGAGGCGGUGUAUGGGUCGAGUUUGACGAGGUUGAGGGAGCUGAAGAAGAAAUGGGAUCCUUUGGGGGCUUUUAAUCAGUGGUUCCCAGUUGAGGCAUGAGAUAUAGGGUCGUCAGAGUUUGAAUAGAAC